AUGACGGGCAGAUCGCGCCGGGGAGUCAAAUUCUCCCACAAUAACAAGCACUCCAACGGUCAAGAUGGGCGUCGUGCCAGCUUCAGCGAUGUGAGCGAAGAGGGGUCGCCGAACAAGGCGAGGUCCAGUGGGACGCUGGAAAACAUCCAGGAGAAAUCCCCUACCCCUGAGGAGCAACAACAAUCCGACUAUGAGAAGAAGAAGGCCAACUUCAUCACACGAACCUUCUGGACCUUCGUCAUGAUAGGCGGUUUCUUCGCCGCGCUGUUCAUGGGCCAUGUUUACAUCUUGGUCAUUAUCACCGCAAUCCAGAUUGUCUCGUUCAAGGAGGUCAUCGCCAUCGCGAAUGUGCCUAGUCGUGCCCGAGAUCUGCAGUCGACCAAGAGCCUGAAUUGGUAUUGGCUCGCGACAACCAUGUACUUUUUGUACGGGGAGAGCGUCGUCUAUUACCUCAAGCAUAUCGUCUUGGUGGACAAGGUGUUGCUGCCGCUGGCAACCCAUCAUCGCUUCAUCAGCUUCAUCCUCUACGUUUUCGGCUUUGUCUUUUUCGUUGGCUCGCUCAAGACCGGCCACCUCAAGUUCCAGUUCUCGCAAUUUGCCUGGACUCACAUGGCCCUCUUCCUCAUCGUCGUCCAGGCCCAUUUCGUCAUGAACAACGUCCUCGAGGGGAUGAUCUGGUUCUUCUUGCCGGCGGCCCUUGUCAUCACGAACGAUAUCUUCGCUUAUAUCUGCGGUAUCACCUUUGGUCGCACCCAGCUCAUCAAGCUGUCCCCCAAGAAGACAGUCGAAGGUUUCGUCGGCGCGUGGAUCAUGACCGUCCUCUUCGGCAUUGUCCUCACCAACAUUCUGCUGCGUUCCCAGUACUUCAUCUGCCCCGCGACGAACCUCGGCGCCAACAUCUUCAGCGGCUUGGACUGCGACCCCAACCCCGUCUUCAUCCCCCGCACCUACUCCACGCCACAGCUGUUUUUCCUCCCGCCCAACUACACGCUCAGCGUCACCACGUCUCCUAUGCAGAUUCACACCUUCUUCUGGGCCAGCUUUGCCUCCCUGAUCGCCCCGUUCGGCGGUUUCUUUGCCUCCGGGUUGAAGCGGACGUUCAAGAUCAAGGACUUUGGCGAUUCGAUCCCUGGCCACGGUGGCAUGACGGAUCGGAUGGACUGUCAGUUCAUCAUGGGUCUCUUCGCCUUCAUUUACUACCACACCUUCAUUGCCUUCAAGCGCUCCUCGGUCACCCACGUCAUGGAGCUGGCCAUCAUGGAGUUGACGGCCGACGAGCAGCUCGACGUGAUCAAGGGCGUGUUGAAAUACCUCACAAACCAGGGCGUGGUUAAACCCGAGACACCGGCAUCGUUCGAGCAGUUCCUAUCGACUAGCCUCGAAGUAUGA